AUGCUGCGUCUUGUGUGGCUCCUUUUUUCAGGAAGUGAUUCUCUUUGGGUGGCAUGGCAUAGAGCUUACAACUGUAACUCUUCAUACCAUUUUUGGUCUCAAGAGGAGUCGCCUAAUCACUCUCGGAAUUGGAGAUGCAUUCUUCGGCUGAGAGAACUUGUUUCAAAUUUUUUGAUAUGUGAAGUCAACAAUGGUUGUGACACAAGUUUCUGGUUUGAUCACUGGUCUCCCCUUGGUCCCUUAAUUGAUGUCUUUGGACGGGAGGGAACUCGAAAGUUGAGAGUUCAUAUUGAUGCUUCUGUUGCGGAUGCUUGCAGUGCUCAGGGAUGGACUCUGCCACACCCCAGGUCUGAUAAUGAAGUUGCUCUUCACACUUUUCUCACAACCGUUACUCCUCCAUAUCUAGUAAGCGACCCUGAUAGGUUUGGAUGGAGAACCAGCGGGCACACCGAUUACUAUUUUUCAUCAUCAAAAACAUGGGAAAUUCUUAGACCUCGCGCAGCAACUCAAGCCAGUGCCAAGCAUAUUUGGUUUAGUGGUGCAACGCCAAAGCAUGCGUUUCAUAUGUGGGUCACCAACCUGAACAGGUUACCAACCCGCACUCGCUUGAUCUCUUGGGGAAUGCAGAUUCCUAUUACCUGCUGCGUGUGCUCUUUGCAGGCGGAAACUCGUGAUCACCUGAUGCUCACUUGUCCUUUUGCGGUUGUGAUCUGGGGUGAGAUUCGUAGAAGACUCCGCACAACGGUCCCCCACUUCACGGACUGGUCUCAGCUUAUCCAAUGGAGUUCUACUUCAUCAUCUACAGCCCCAUCUGUUUUGAGAAUGAUGGUUGUUCAAGCAAUGGUUUAUGGUAUUUGGCAGCAGCGUAACAACAUGCUGCAUAACCAGAUGCUCACUCCUGCAUUGCUUCUUUUCAAAGAUAUCAAUAGGCAGGUCAUAAAUACUAUCAACGAUUUGAGGACAAGGAAGAAAUUCAAAUCCCUAAUGCCUCUAUGGCUGAUCUGA